AUGGACUACAGCAUANUGACAGAGAUCCAUGAGAAGCUGAUCAACUUUGAACUGAAGCUUCAAUCACUUGCUAAUGCGUCUUCCCCUGUUCCGGUUACUGCAAAUGUGGUGGCCUAUAAGAACAAAGGUGGUCAUAACAACUCCAACUCUCGUCAACAACAUCGUGGUGAUUCUCGUGGACAGUGGAACUCCUCAAACACCGGUUCACGUGACUCUAGUGGCCGUGGAUAUCAGGGUCGUUGCCAGAUCUGUGGUGUGUUUGGUCACAGUGCAUGGCGGUGUUCACAACUUCAAGCUUCGGGUCGUGGCUACUCUCCUUCGAGCGGUGGCUACACACCAUGGCAGCCGCGAGCCAACGUUGCAGCCGUGUCAUUGCACAACCCUUGGAUUUGUGAUUCUGGUGCUACACACCACAUCACAUCUGAUCUUGCAAAUCUCUCGCUUCAUCAACCGUAUACUGGAGGUGAAGAGGUCACCAUUGCAGAUGGGUCUGGUCUUCCGAUCACACAUACCGGUUCCGCUUUACUCCCUACCCCAUCUCUCUCACUUGCUCUUACAGAUGUUUUAUAUGUUCCUAAUAUUGCUAAAAACCUUAUAUCGGUUUAUCGAUUGUGCAAUGCUAAUCAAGUGUCCGUUCAUUUCUAUCCGNUUUUUUAA